CGAUGAUCGAACGCAGUGAUCCCAAAUUAUUCAUGAUGGUUCACAAUGACAUUUCGUGUGUGAGAGAUUAGUGAGAACUUGUCGCGCGAUUGCCUCUUUGAUGAUCUCAUCAUCACAAAAUUCUCUCUCGAGUGGUCGAUGAUAACGAAAUUGACAAUAAUUACGUAGCGUUGCACUGUUGGCGAGGCGUAGAAAUAAGUUCUGAAACGUGAUCAGGUGCGUUUGAUAGAAAGGAGAAGAUAGCAGGGAAUCUGUCGUCGCCUCGACUUAACUGCGUUAAAUGGUGAAAAUGACACCGCUGGAUGAGGGGAGGAUUAGACAGGGGUUAUCUAAGUAUCAAAAUCCAGAGAUAACAAAGAAGCAUGUAAUAAGCGUCUUAAAUCUUUAUAAAGGUUUGAUGUAUAAAGUGGAGCCGUUUGUCUUCAAUGAUGGCUCCCGCAAGGAACUAUUGAAUUUACAAGGGACUAUACCAGUAGUUUAUAAAGGCUCUAUUUACAAUAUACCAAUAUGCAUAUGGCUCAUGGAUACUCAUCCCAACAAUGCACCCAUGUGCUAUGUUAAGCCAACAGCAGAUAUGCAUAUCAAAGUCAGCAUGUUUGUAGAUCACAAUGGUAAAAUAUACCUGCCGUAUCUUCAUGACUGGGUACCUCACAAUUCAGAUUUGCUUGCUUUAAUUCAAGUUAUGAUUGUUACUUUUGGGGAACAACCUCCUGUUUAUGCCAAGGCACGAUCAGAAAUGCAACAGAGUUCAUCGCCAUAUCCCGUUCAGUCAUUCAUGCCUGUACCUGGUAGCGGAAAUGUAUCGAGUUCUGGUUUUCCUCCAUAUCCAGCGAAUUCUCAAUACUCUGGUGGCAGUAAUGUGUAUCCUCCAUAUCCGGCUACAGCAUCUGGAGGAUUCCCAUAUCCAAACUCUUAUGGUUCUUACACAGGAACUACACCCAGUUAUCCAACACAAGGCUACAGUGGUCCAUAUCCCCCUUAUCCAUCAGCUACGCAACCGUCGCCGACGGUACAACCGAAUUCCAGUGGAUCUGGCACGAUCACGGAGGAGCAUAUAAGAGCAUCCUUGCUGUCUGCAGUAGAAGAUAAGCUCCGACGUCGACUCAAGGAGCAGUUCUCGCAGCUGCAAGCUGAGCUUGAGACGUUGCGACGAACACAGCAAGAGUUAACGAGCGGCUCGUCGCACCUAACAGAUCUUUUCGAUAAACUGAAGAAAGAAAAACAGGAGCUCGAGAAAAAUGUGAACAUCUUGCAAGACAAGGAGGCAGAACUGGAAAGAGAAAUCGCCAAGUUGUCCGAUAAUCAGUCGAUAGAUGUUGACGAAGCUGUUACUACCAUAGCGCCAUUGUAUAAACAAAUGUUAAACGCUUUUGCUGAAGAAGCAGCCACAGAGGAUGCUAUUUAUUAUCUCGCCGAAGGACUGCGAUCUGGUAUUUUAGAUCUGGACGCAUUCCUGAAACAAGUUCGACAACUGUCGCGCAGACAAUUCAUGCUGAGAGCGUUGAUGCAAAGAUGUCGACAAAAAGCUGGUCUGGCUGGUUAAAAAAUAUCUCUCGUGUGCUUCGUCCUAGAAUUGCAAUAUUCCAUUUUAUUGUAAGAUAUCUCAUUGUGCUAUACAGUGAGAAAAAUGGAACACAUGAGUUAUACCGAAGAACACAAAGGAUUAUUUUAUCGACAAUAAAUCCAUCUUCUCCUUAUGGUGUAACGAGAGAAAACUGUGUUUUACAUAAAAAAAAAGAGAAAAAAAUAUUGAAUAGAAAAAAAAUAUAUAUAUGUUCCACUCAGAUACAGUAAUUAUAGCUUGUUCAAAUAUGAAAGUAGAUAAAUAUAUUCAAAUAUGAUAAUUCUUUUCACACAAAGCUAUAUGUUAUUACCAUGAUAUAUUGCAUGAUUAGAUUACGCAUCACGCUGUAGUCUGUGUUCACAGAAAACGAGUGCAAGCCUUCAUUUUUCUUAAGGUGUCACAAAACUCGUGUACCUGUGUUACAAACUUUAUGCCUUCAUUGUGAUAAAGAUUGAAUAAACUUAUGCAC